UAUCUAAUAGUUUUAAUGCCAACCUUUUUAAAUGUCACCUAAUAGUAGCAGCUGCUACGUUAAAUAACACUUUAUUAAGCUCUGUUCUGAUGUGUAAUGUAUUUAGUUUAAUGUAGAUUAUCUCUAAAUUAUAAAUUUGACAAUGUUGAACGACUGUGCAUUAAAUAAACCAGGACAUUUAUGUAAAAAAAUAAAUAAAAAAAAUAAAAUAAUUACAUUUAGUUUCAAAACAUAUUGUUUAUUUUUAGGCUUAUUUGUAUUUAUUACAAAAUCAUAUUACUACUACUAAGAAUUAAAGAUAUGGAAUCUGUUAUGUGUUGUCUGUCACCCAAUAAAUAAAAAAAACAACAACUGGGACCCUUUUUUUGAUGGGAUGGUGCAUGAUGAUGACGAAGACGAAGAUGAUGAUAACGGAUUUAACUACGAUGAAUUUAAUAGGCCUCAUCGAGACCCGUUUGACGAUGUCUUCAGAUUUGGUUUCAGUUUUGGUCCCGGUGGGAUGCGCUUUGAGGAACCUCAGGCAUUUGGGCAGAUCUUCAGGGAGAUGGAGGAGAUCUUUGCUGGUCUAGGCCGCUUUGAUGAGAGACACCGAGGUGUCCCAUCAAUAGAAGCUCCGCCUCCUCGUGAAGGUACAGAGAAAGGCAGGCGUGGAGGAGGAAGUGGGAACACCCUCAGGGAUUUCAUGUUAAAGUCUCCUGAGAGUUCUCCCCACAGUCCUUCUCUCCCUCCCCCCUCUGUGGCACCAAAGGAUGGGGACUCAUCAUCUCCACCAGGCCACAGCAACAGACCCUUCUCAAAGUUUCAUGAUCUUUGGAAAGAUGGUAUAUUAAGACCAAAGACGGAAGAGAAAAAAGAUGGAGAUCUGGAUUCACAGGUGUCAUCAGGUGGACUGGAUCAGAUCUUGACUCCCGCGCCUUCACAGCCAAAGACGAGGUCAUUUUUUAAAUCUGUUAGCGUCACCAAGGUGGUCAGACCAGAUGGGACUGUAGAAGAAAGGCGAACAGUCAGAGACAGUGAAGGUAAAGAAGAAACUACAGUGACCAUCUCAGGAGGACCAGGUGCCCAGGAUGGGCCACAAGAUCAAACUGGUCCUCUCAUGCCAGGUAGUUCAAGACCCUCUGCUGACAUGCAAGAUGAUUUCUCUUUGUUUUCUAAGUUCUUUGGAGGCUUUCGACGCUGAAAAGCUCAGGACACAAAUAAAGGACAAACUAUUUCAUUUUUCUCCAGCCCAGCAAACCCACUCCUUGCAAGCUACAGAGAAAAAAAAAGUUUGAUUUAAUAUUGAGUGUAUAUAGGUCCAAUAUAUUUGUGCAAACGGAUCCAUUAAUCCUACAUUAUGUUUUUCACAGAUACUGGUGAAGCUGAUGGGUUUGUGAUUGUCUAGAGUGGUAUUAAAAAGACUUGUUUACCGUAACCACAAAAUACCCCAAUAAAUCAGCUAGUGAAGCCAUUAAAUCUGAUGGUUUGAGUAUGUUUAAGGACCACUGAUAACAAAAAUGUAGUCAAGGCUUAUGGAAUGACACCGCAGAUGAAUAGUCCAUGAGAGUUUAAUAUAUGUAUAAUUUAUAUUUUUAAAGGUGUUUUCACUCUCCGAGGGAAAUAAAGGAAAAACAGUGA